CAGACUUUAAAAACCAGCCCCUGUCCUUGUGCACGGCUCACACGGCUCACACACACACACAGUGAGAACGGACGGCACCAUGACUGGACUCCAGUACAUGAGCGGCUUUGGGAAUGAAUUCUCUUCUGAAGACCCUCGCUGUCCGGGAUCUUUACCUGAGGGACAGAACAGUCCUCAGGUGUGUCCGUAUGGACUCUAUGCUGAGCAGCUGUCUGGCUCCGCCUUCACCUGCCCACGACCAGCCAAUAAGAGGAGCUGGUUUUACCGCAUCCUGCCAUCUGUCAAACAUAAGCCGUUUACCGUGCUGCCGUGUGGGAAUCUAACGGAAAGCUGGAAUGAAAUGGAACCCGACCCCAACCAGUUGCGUUGGCUGCCAUUUACCAUCCCCAAAUCUUCAGCCGAAAAAGUCGACUUCGUGGCUGGUUUGAACACAGUCUGCGGUGCUGGAGACGCCAAAACUCGCAACGGCAUUGGAAUCCAUGUGUACACCUGUAACACCUCCAUGGUGGACAGCUGCUUCAACAACUCAGACGGAGACUUUCUGAUCGUUCCCCAGCAGGGUGCGCUCUUGGUUACCACUGAGUUUGGAAAGAUGGCGGUGGAACCCAAUGAGAUCUGCGUCGUCCAGCAAGGGAUGCGCUUCAGCGUGGAUGUCUUUGGAGAAAGCCGGGGUUACAUCCUGGAGGUGUACGGAGCCCAUUUUGAACUGCCUGACCUCGGGCCCAUCGGGGCCAACGGUCUGGCUAAUCCAAGGGAUUUCCUGGUUCCAGUUGCUUGGUAUGAGGACCGUAAAGUGGCCACAGGUUACACAAUUAUCAACAAGUAUCAGGGGAAACUCUUCGCCUGCCAACAGGACUUCUCGCCCUUCAACGUGGUCGCCUGGCACGGAAACUACACGCCGUACAAGUACAACCUCAGCGACUUCAUGGUGAUCAACAGCGUGGCCUUCGACCAUGCCGAUCCUUCCAUCUUUACUGUACUGACCGCCAAAUCCACACGUCCAGGCGUGGCCAUUGCCGACUUUGUCAUCUUCCCACCACGAUGGGGCGUGGCUGACCACACCUUCCGUCCACCUUAUUAUCACCGUAACUGCAUGAGUGAGUUCAUGGGUCUGAUCAAAGGCCACUACGAGGCCAAAGAGGAGGGCUUCCAGCCCGGAGGGGGCAGCCUCCACAGCAUGAUGACCCCACACGGCCCCGACGCUGACUGCUUCGAGAAGAACAGCGCCGCCCUGCUCAAACCCGAGAGGGUUGCAGAGGGAACCAUGGCGUUCAUGUUCGAGUCGUCCUUCAGCAUGGCGGUGACUAAGUGGGGCCUGGACACAUGCCAGAAGCUCGACAGGAACUACUUCCGGUGCUGGGAACCAAUACGAAGCCACUUUGACCCAAACUGGAAGCGUACUGAGGCGUGAACACAACGACCAAACACACUCGCCACCACUUCUGAGAAGAAACAUGUAAAGUGCUGAUUUCAUGACACCUUAUGAAAACAUGUUCCAGGCAGACAGGUCUU